CGGUCUUCCGCUACCUCCCGUGUCUCGUCCUCUCUCCCUCUCUCUCUCUCCUUCUCUCUCCUCUUCGAUUCCCAAUUUGAAGGCUGCCCAAGCCCAACCCUUGCGCCGGUAGGCGGCGGCGGCGAGGAUAGAGGGUUCCCCGAGGAGGAAGUGAUGGCGGCCACGGCUAAGUACAAUCGGAGCAACCCGGCGGUGAAGCGGAUCCUGCAGGAGGUCAAGGAGAUGCAGUCCAAUCCCUCACCCGACUUCAUGGCCCUUCCCCUCGAGGAGGACAUCUUCGAGUGGCAAUUUGCUAUCCUUGGCCCGAGAGACAGCGAGUUUGAGGGUGGAAUCUAUCAUGGCAGGAUCCAGCUACCCUCGGAUUAUCCAUUCAAGCCACCGUCCUUCAUGCUACUUACGCCAAGUGGACGCUUUGAGAUUCAGAAGAAGAUUUGUUUGAGCAUAUCCAAUUACCACCCUGAGCACUGGCAGCCUUCAUGGAGUGUCCGCACAGCGUUGGUAGCCUUGAUUGCAUUCAUGCCAACGAACCCUGGUGGGGCAUUGGGCUCACUGGAUUACAAAAAGGAAGAUAGACGAGCACUUGCUAUAAAAUCACGUGAAGCGCCGCCAAAAUUUGGCUCCUCAGAACGUCAGAAACUAAUUGAUGAGAUCCAUGAGCAAAUGCUCAGUAAGGCUCCUCCUGUCCCCCAAGCGCUACCAAAUGUGCCAAACGAGGAGUCUAACCAAUUACCCACACCUAACGCUUCUGGUGAGCAUGCAGACAAGGUAGAUGAAGGUGACAACACAUCUGGGUCUAUGUCAGGCUCGUUGAGUGGCCUUCCUGUGCCUGAAUCUGAAUCGGGGGUUGCAGAAAACACUGGUGAAGCCUCAGCUGUUGAGGUUGCCAACCAUCAUGUGCCUGAAGCGAGCCAUAGAGAGAACAUUCCAACAGUUCCUUCGUCUCUGCAGAAUCCUGCUGUUGCGAUCCAGAAGCCAAAGCAUGACAGGCUGUUGACCUUGGCUGCAUUUGGGCUGACUCUUGCUAUUAUGGCACUUGUGAUAAAGAAGUUCUUAAAAAUCAAUGGCUUGGGCGGUUUCAUUGAGGGCAAGUUCUGAGUAGGGAUUGUGCAUAAGUUGGAUGUAAGAGAUCACUCAUUCCUCGUACUGAGCAUAUGCUAUAAGCUAUAUAACACCCUAAGAUUUGUAAAUGGCUGUUGUUUAGUUAUAAUAGAUGAAAUCAAAAUGGGACAGUACUAUUAAUACCCCAUUGUAUGUAGUACACUUGAUGGAAAAUUGCCGGAGUUUUGAAGCAGCUGAUCUAAUGUAUAUGUUUGCUACAGCGUGCACUUUGUAAAACCGGAACCCUCAAUUCUCAAUCUCCCUCUGGAGGGUUUUGAUUAAGAAUUUCAUGAAA